AUGUCUGGCGCACACGAUGAGACAGACGUAAUCUCAACCUUGACUGGCUUCUCUCUCACCAACGUUCUCAGCGGUCUUGACCUGCCCACUGGCCCAGGCCUCACCAACCAGCUGGGAAUUGCGGGAGUAUCCAGCUUUACAGCCCAGCAAAUCUAUAACGACAAGUGGGACGAUCCAGAUGCCGUAGGGCCGGGUGAAGGGGAGGACUGGGAGGAUGAAGUGGACAGAGAAUUGGAGGCCGAGGGCUCUGAAACGGGCGCGCAGGUGAAGGCCGAAGCCGUGUCACCGGAGAAAAUGGGUAAGAAAGAGAAGCGGAAGAGGGUCGUGAGGCGCCUGGUGGAACGACCAAAGACUGUGCACGAGAGAUUUCCGACAUUCGAAAGGAAUAAGGUCCUGAAUUUUACUGAGCUGUUCAAAGGAUAUACGGCACAAAAGUCCCGGAUGUCCAAGCGGCCGUUCCAUGUGGAGACCGUCUACCCGAGAAAGAAGGAAGUUCCCAAAACUUUCCUCGCGGCAGUGGUGGGUGACACGGAGAGGCAAGUCGAGAGUCAACGUGUAGAGGAAGUUGUGUCGUCGGGCAGUAUAGAGGCCGAUAUCCAGCGUGCCUUGAAGGAGCGCGAACGUUCGGAUGUUCCUAUUUCUAUCCCACUGCAUGAUCGGUCGUUUGACCUGGUUCUCCUCUCCAAUUGGGAAGACCAAAUUGUGUAUGAACCGGAAGAGGACGCUGUGAGCCAGUUCGCCACUCCUCCCACAGACUUGACCACUCCCCAGAACGACGUGCUCGAGUCUGGAGUAUGGACACAAAGCAUCAUCUGGAGCCCCCGUGCUCCUUUCCGAGAUUUUACCAUGUUGGAACUCAACGAUGAGGAUAUUCAAGUUGAAGAGAGGCCUGUCGGGUAUGACUCCAUCCGGCCUCGCAAGCGACUCAGAGCGGAUAUCCAGCCAAAAGACAAAUUCAAUCUGUCUAACGACCAAUUCUACGAGGUCAACAAAGAUGGCGGACGCCAUCGUGUUCGGCAGACAUUUGGCCAGCUUGUGGUCGAGCAUGCCUACCCUGCUCAGAAACUCCAGUUGCCAUUCUACAAGACCCGAUUAUCGAAGCAAGAAGCGCGGUCGUUCCAUCGCCCUGCUAUGCAGUUCCCCGCCAACGUUGAGAUCCACUUCAGCAAAGUCCGCACAGCGAAGAAGAAGAAAGACAAGGCGGGGAGAAAGGUCGGCAAAGGCGGUAACGUGGGUGAAGGGCUGCACAGAACCGGCGACCUGAGUCUGCGUGACACUAGCAACUUUGUCCUAUGGGAAUUCUCCGAAGAACAUCCGCCCAUCAUCUCCAACUUUGGUAUGGGCAGCAUACUUGUGAAUUACUACCGUAAACGCAGCGAGAAGGAUGAGCACGUUCCAAAGUAUGACCUCGGGGAGCCCAUCAUUAUCGAACCCCAGGACGAAUCCCCUUUCAUGAAAUUUGGUUAUGUGUACCCGGGUCAGACUGUUCCUGCUCUGUAUAGCAACCUCAUCCGUGCUCCUUUGUUCCGGCAGAAAUCAUACCCCACGGAUUUCUUGGUAAUACGGUCGACGUGCAAGAACGAUGCCAAAUAUUAUAUCCGUGAGAUCAAGAACAUGUUCGUUGUGGGACAGACAUAUCCUGUGACAGAAGUUCCUGGGCCCCAUUCACGGAAGAUAACGAACACGAUCAAACACCGACUUCAGAUCAUUGCAUUCAAGUUGCUGCAGAAGAGCGCAGAAGAGAGGCUCAAGAUUUCUCGGCUGAUGAAGUACUUUCCUGAUCAGAACGAGCUCCAGAUGAGGCAACGUCUAAAGGCGAGUCCCGGGUUCUGGCGUCUGAAGGCCAACUGGACCAUUCCAUCUGAUGUAGAUAUGCUCAAAAUGGUCACGCCGGAACAGGUGGUCCUUUCCGAGAGCAUGCAGGUCGGUCAGCGCCACCUGCAGGACGCUGGAUACAGCUUCAAUGGGGAAGUCGCCGAGGACGACGAGGGGAAUCUGUCCGUGGAACAGCAGCUGGCGCCCUGGAUUACGACAAAAAAUUUCUUGUUUGCCACGCAGGCAAAGGCCAUGCUGCGGCUUCACGGAGACGGAGAUCCGACCGGGCGAGGCGAGGCAUUUAGCUUCAUACGCGUGUCCAUGAAGGACAUUUUCGUGAAAGCCGGCGAGGAUUAUGGGCAGAAGCUUGCCGAGGCUGAGAACCGCCCCAAGUCUGCCCACCGAUACAACGUCGCCGAGCAGCAGCAAAUCUACAAGUCUGAGAUUGAGCGCAUAUGGAAGGCUCAGUUCGACUCUUUGAGCCGGAAGGACGAGCCAGAGCUCAGCCCGGACGAAGAGGAGAAGAAGACAGAGCCGAAGGUUCAGCGGAGGCAGUCUAUGGCCGCGGACGCGCUGACCGGGUAUACGCCAGCCGCAUCUCCCCUGGCGCACCGCGAGACGCCGGGACCGUCGUCGCCCACGUUCAGCCGGGGCUCUUCCCUCGCGCGUGAGCGGGAGAUGAGCUUGGGGCCCGAUGCGCAGAGGCGAGUGCUACGGAUUAAACGCCUGGUUGACGGGGAGUGGAAGACGGAAAUAAUCCGUGACAACGCUGUGAUCAGCGCGUAUGUCAAGAGGCGGCAGGCGUUAGAGGAGGAGACGACGACGGCGGACGCGCUGGCGCCGACUGGGGAUGCGGACAAGGACAGGCGUGCGAAGAAGCGGCUGGAGGAAGAGAUAGCGAGGAUGAAGAAGAACCAGGAGAGGCGUCUUCACCGGAAGAACGCCAAGAUUGUCAAGGAGGGAGGGACGCCGAUGCAACUCAAUCGGCCUGUCAAGCCUGACACGACCAGACGGUGCGGACAUUGUGGGCAGAUGGGUCAUAUGAAAACGAACCGCAAGUGCCCACGGUGGGCGGAAUUCAACUCGGGCAAUCCCCCGCUGGCCACGCCUGUCGCGGCGAGCCCGCCCGGGGGCGGGUCCGGGUUCGGGCACGGGCCCGGCGCAGACAGUCUGUACGCUGGGGGGGCGAACACGCUGCGGCCGAAUGCGUCGCUGGGCCUGGGGGGGCACGGGCCGUCGCCGCUCGCGACGAGCCCGCCUGUGAUGGCGAUGGAGGACGAGGAGGAGGUGCCGUCGACGCCGUCUGGGGGGGGACCCAAGAUCAAGCUGACCCUGAAGAAGUCGUAG